AUGGCGGAGACGACGAAGGUGAUGUACAUAGUGGUGGUUGAUGGUUUGGAUACGGCGGCGAUUGUGGAAGAUGACAGAACCGGGAAUUGGAAAGAUUCUUUCCGGUAUACUCGUCCGGUUUUGCAGAGUACUCUUCAGCUUAUGGGAUGCAAAGCUCGUCACGCCUUCAAGAUUAGCCGCAGGGUUUUCGAGUUAAUAAGAAGUGAAGGAUCCUUGAUUCUUUCGCCCUCGCAUAGGAAAGAACCUGAAUUUGACAAGUCAUGUGAUGCUGCUUCAGCUUGUCCUGGUGUAGAAAAGCUUAACAAUGAUGAUGUUGAUAAGAGUAAGCCUUUUGAGAUGUAUAAAAGGCGCACAACCGUUGUUGUUUCACGGGAAAUAUUCUUGAACGUUGUCUGUGAUGCUCUGGCUGAAUAUAAGUAUGUGGGUCACGACCAAAGGGCAGACUUGAUUCUCGCAUGCAGGAUUCGAGAAAGGAAAGAAUCUGUGACUGUUCUCCUUUGCGGCACUAGUGGCUGUGGCAAAUCUACACUCUCCGCACUUCUGGGAAGCAGGCUGGGGAUUACGACAGUGGUCUCAACCGACUCAAUCCGUCACAUGAUGAGGAGUUUCGUUGAUGAGAAGGAGAAUCCUCUGCUGUGGGCUUCAACGUACCAUGCUGGAGAGUACCUUGACCCUGUGGCAGUUGCUGAGUCAAAAGCCAAAAGAAGAAGAGCCAAGAAGUUGGAUGGUUAUGAAAAAACACCACUUGAGGAUGAAAAAGCAAAUGCCUCUGAAGGUGUUAAGUCUAAUAAUACUCAACAGGCGGAUAAUGGAUCUAAAUCAACCACCCCUGUAUUGUUAAGUCCUAAGCAAAUGGCUGUAGAAGGAUACAAGGCUCAAAGUGAAAUGGUUAUUGACAAUCUCGAUAGGCUUAUUACCGCAUGGGAAGAACGAAAAGAGUCUGUGGUUGUUGAAGGUGUCCAUCUAAGCCUUAACUUUGUGAUGGGACUGAUGAAAAAGCAUCCUUCGAUUGUUCCAUUUAUGGUAUACAUCUCGAACGAGGAGAAACACUUGGAACGAUUUGCAGUCAGGGCCAAGUACAUGACCCUGGACCCAGAGAAAAACAAAUACGUAAAAUAUAUACGUAACAUCAGAACAAUACAGGAUUACUUGUGUAAACGAGCUGACAAACAUCUCGUUCCUAAGAUAAACAAUACCAAUGUCGAUAAGAGUGUGGCUGCGAUCCACGCCACAGUCUUCAGUUGCCUGCGUAGGCGAGAAGCAGGAGAGCAGCUCUAUGAUGCUACAACUAAUACCGUCUCUGUGAUCGACGAUGAGUACAGGAACCAAUGCACAGCCAAUUCAUUGAGUUCGAAAGGAAUGUUUCAGCUGAUCCAAAGAAAAGGUUCUUCUAGGCAUCUAAUGGCUCUUCUGAAUACUGAUGGCUCUUUCGCAAGAACUUGGCCUGUUGGCGGUAAGGUUGAUGAGAGCGGGAAGCCUGUCCUUUGUAAUGAGAUAAUGGUGGCAGAUGGAAUGGAGCAUCCCAUUUAUGGAUACCUACAGAAAGCUGAACCGGUGAAUCUUCAGUUUGGUCUAUUUGGGAUCAGUGCUUGGCCUAGUGAUGGAGCCACGAGUCGUGCUGGGAGUGUAGAUGACUUAAGAGCUGACAUGGGUGAAACCGGCAGCCGUUAUUACUCUUCUUGCUGCAGCUCGCCUAGGAUGUCUGAAGGAACUUCUAAAGAGCUUAAGGAGGAGCAGUCCGUGCAUGGGAGCGAUGAAGAGGAUGAAGAGGUGGAGGAUGAUCAACCAGAGCCAGAUACAGACUUUAGCGAUGAUGAUAACAAGCGGGACCAUGAUGAGGUGGGAUCAGUUGAUGAACAAUCGACGAAGUCGGAUGAGGAGUACGAUGAUCUUGCAAUGGAAGACAAAGGCUACUGGACAGACGAGGAGGAAGAGUCUCGCGAUACAGUUGCGGUAAUGUCUGAAAAGAACCAUAAGCCGGCAACAAAAGACGAUAAGUACAUACAAAACUUGGACCUUUUCCUUCGAACUGCGGACCAGCAGCUGGUUGAGCCGUUUCAGCUAUGUACAUCGCUACUCACAUGUGAGGACGGUAACACAAGACUCUGGUCAGGUAAAGAAAAGAUGAGGAAGCGGUCUCUAAGCAUCUCGGCCCUCGGAGAACACGGGUCGGGUUUGUGUGAUCCGAUUCUCUUGGGAGCCCCAUGA